AUGGAGGGGAAAAGGGGAAUGAAAGGAGCGCAGCGGUUCGAAUGGUCGGGGACGUUUGAGGGGAGUUUGCUCCUUGUUCUUAGCCAGACCACUUCUAGGAUCCAAUACAGCAUCUUAGCUGGUUCUCACUUUCUGCGUGAUUCAAGUCUCGUCUCUCGUCUCCAGUCUCCGGUCUCGGCGUUUCGUUCUCAUACUCGGUCUCGUUUCUCGGUUUGGGCUCCUUUCUCGUUUCUCGUCUCUCGGCCGUUCCGGUCGCUCUCUCGUAUCUCGUCUCCCUCGUCUUCGGUCUCGGUUCCAUCGUUUCCCCUUAUCAUUUCAUAUUAUCUUUGA